AUGUCGAAAUUCCUGGAUAAAAUCAAGCAUGCCAUGGCUAGCAAUAAAUCAAAGUCCAAGAGCUCUAGUCGCGGGUCGGGCUCGUGGGAUUAUGGGGGUGAAUACGAUUCCAAUGUUCUCAGCCCAUCGAGUCAUGAACAGCAUCGUACCAACGACUAUGGAACGAGGUUUGGGAGCUAUGGGAUUAAGCCACGACCAGGCACCUAUGGCUCCGGUGACUAUGGCCCCAAUUCCCGUCUAGGGAGCUACGGUACUAAUACCAGUACUGGCUCCUAUUACAACGAAUACGACCCAGUCAGAAACGGUCGCGGCUAUGGCUCUGCAACCAAUGGUUAUGGCUACGGUUCUUCAUCAGCUGUCGGGGCAUACGGUGCUGACACCGAGGUUUCGGCAAGGCAGGGCUUUGGUGUUAGUGCGAGAGGAUCAGGGUAUCAGAACGGCGGUAUCUCCAGCUAUGAUUUGGAGGACAAGAUGGAAUCUGUACCUGCUUACGAUGAGCAACACCGUUGGCUGUGA